UGCUUAGUUUUCCUAUUUUUCAGAUUUUUACGCAUAUCUACUGGGAAAUUUUUUAGGAAUAAAAAUUGUUUUCCUUGAAUUAUUUUAAAAACUAGUCCAUUUGAAGUUCCUUUAGUUUUGGAGAUGCGUUGUCACUGAGUUUGAGGGAUCUUUAAAGUCUAUUAGUCCCCUCUAUAAGCAAUUUUCAAUAUAGCACAAAUAGUAAGUUUUUAUAAAAAGCCAAUCUCAGAUUUUUAACUGCAGUACAUUUUUAUCAGUUUUAAUUUAAAACCAGAAAACCUACAUACUGUAUUCUGAAACUGCCUCCUUAACCAUAGAUAUAGCACUGCUAGUGCAAAAAUAUGGACAGUUUUUUCUAGGUUAAAGAUUUAUAACAGGAUUUAAGCACUAAUUAAUCAUUUUUUCUUUCAACCAGUCCAGCCAACUAAACACAAAUAAACAUAUCUGAAGGGCAACAUUUCCCAAGAUCGGUCACAAUCCUAUUACAGUGUAAAUGUUAAUAGAUUAGUUGUGUAUUGCAGGUACUAAGUAGUAAUUGCUUUUAGGGUCAAAACACUGUUUUAAGUGCAGUAUAUCAAUCUUCUAGUCUAUGAAUAAAAUGUGUUUUGUUAAAUCCAGGCAUAAAAGGACUAAUGUGCUGGCUGCUGUUUGUGCUGUACACAUUCCCAAAUACUUGACUCAGGACUUCAUAGUGAACAAGCCUUUCCACAGAAAUUUGAAACCCGUUUAAGUGUUUGCAUUUCUUCAAGUAAAAGAUGAUCGAGUUUAGUGGAACUUCAUUGAUCUGUCUAAAUAAUUUUUUCUUUGGGGGUGAGACUGUGCUAGGUAAUGUCAGACCCUGUUCUACUAAGGGUACACCCAAUGGCAGUGCUGUGCAAACACCACCCAAGACUGCAGAGAAAAAUAUAUCAACAGCUAUUUCAAAACAAAAGGAACAAUGCCUUGUGCCAUGUGAUAUUCAAGCUAAAAUGUUACGAGGAGAAAAACAUUAUAUGUGCAGAAAUUUGCAGAACUCUCUUGUUGAAUAUGCAAGAAGUACAAAAAAACUGGUAAGAAAUAUGAUGGAUGACCAACAAUCUUCUUUGGAUUAUCUUUCUAAUCAGGUGAGUGAACUUAUGAACAGGGUCCUUCUUUUGAAUGCAGAAGUUUUGAGAAAACAUUUGGAUCCACUUCCUUACAAAGCAGUUCAGUCUCAUGGACUGGAUUGCACCGAUAUUAAAGAUACCAUAGGUUCAGUUGCAAAAACUCCCAGCGGUCUGUACAUAAUCCAUCCAGAAGGAUCAAAUUACCCCUAUGAGGUUUUGUGUGAUAUGGAUUUUAAAGGAGGUGGAUGGACUGUGAUUCAGAAAAGAACCGACGGGGUAAUUGACUUCCAAAGAAAUUGGUGGUCAGAAUACUUGGAUGGAUUUGGAGAUCUUUCAGGGGACUUUUGGCUUGGACUAAGGAAAGUCUUUCUUAUAUUAAACCAGAAAACAACAAGCUUUAUGCUUUAUGUGGGUUUGGAAUCUGAAGAUGACACAUAUGCCUAUGCAUCUUAUGACAACUUUUGGCUAGAGGAUGAAACUUCCUUUAAAAUCCAUUUAGGGCGUUAUUCAGGAACUGCUGGUGAUGCAUUUCGAGGAUACAGAAAGGAAGAUAACCAGAAUGCAAUGCCCUUCAGCACAUUUGAUGUAGAUAAUGAUGGAUGCAACCCAGUAUGCUAUAUCCAAGAGCUCGUGAAGAGCUGCAGUAAUUUCAGUGAUAACAGCUGGUGGUUCACAUGUGGCCUUGCAAAUCUCAAUGGUGUUCAUCGUUUCACAGGAAAGUUUCUUGCAACAGGGAUUCAUUGGGAUACAUGGGCAGAGAAUAAUAAACCAAUCAGAAUUAAAUCAGUUUCAAUGAAAAGAAGAACCUAUAAUCCGUAUUUCAAAUAGUAGCCUAUUAAGAUAGAAUUAUAGCUCUUCUAGCAAUUAUACUGGUUGAUAUAUCAGCAUAAUCUUAAAGCCUCUCACUUGUAGUUAAUCCAGUCUUAUGAAUUAUUUUAACUAUUUACAUGCAGUACUUCUUUUUUAACUGCACUUUUCAGCACUACUUAAUCAAUUUUAUUUCCAUUAUGAAAUUAUGCCUGAUGAUAUUAUACUACUGUAUGUCAGUAUAGCUCAGUGGGUUAGCACCCUCACCUCUGAAUGAGAAGGUCCUACGUAUAAUAUAAUCGUAUGAGCACAAGAGCUUUUCGCAUUCCUUAAUGUCUAUUCAGCUCCCUCUUAUGAAAUUUCUCAGAAACUGGUGGCAGCAUUUUAAAACACACAUCUUAGCAUUUCACAUUUUUUAAAAAUAAUAAAAUGACAGUUAUGCUGAUUUUCGAAAUUAGUUUUCUGCAUACCUGAGUUACCAAGAAACAAUCAGAAAAAAAAGUAUUUCAGUAAAAUGCAGCAAAACACAUUUGUCAUUAAGAUAAUUUAGAAAAAUAAACUAUUUCCUUUAUCUGGCAUAAAUUUCCAGACUCCUGCAAUCCUUAUUUAAGCAAGACUCUCAUGGACUUCAAUAGAAGCCCCAUUAGGGUUAACAAGUGAGUCCUUAGUAUGUAAAACAGAUUUAGGGCUUUUUAAUGGCCUAAAUUAUGAAUUCACUAAAAAUGAAUGCAUGUAUGACAUGCAUGAUCACCAACAGAACUUGUAGGAAUUUCAAAAUGUCUUUGAAAUUGUAAUUUUUGGAACUAUGGACCUGAUCUUGCAUCUCUCAAUCUAUAGAAGUGCCUGUUAUAUUAAGUAAUCUGGAUUGUUUGUUUUUUUUCUGUCAGUAAAAAUGCAGGGCUAUCAAUAAAAAUAUGAAUUUGUCAGAGCAA